UUUGGCUCCAGAGAUGGGAGAUGGGAAUGGGUUUGUGGACUUAACACUCCAUGAUCAAGUCCAUCUAUUAGAAUGUGCCUGGUUAGAGAUAUUGAUGAUUGGCCUAGUGUGGAGAUCUGUGGAGCAUCCAGGAAAGCUGCUGUUUGCCCCAAACUUAUUAUUGGACAGGAAUCAAGGAAAGUGUGUUGAAGGUAUGGUAGAAAUAUUUGACAUGCUGCUGGCCACUUCUUCUCGCUUUCGAAUGAUGAAUGUCCAGGGGGAAGAAUUUGUGUGCCUUAAAUCUAUCAUCCUACUCAAUUCUGGGGUCUAUACGUUUCUUUCCAGCACACUGAAAUCGCUGGAGGAAAAAGAGCAUAUCCAUCGUGUUCUGGAUAAGAUCACUGACACUUUGAUACAUCUAAUGGCCAAAUCUGGCCUUUCCCAGCAGCAACAACAUAGGCGCCUGGCUCAGCUCCUCCUCAUCCUUUCCCACAUCAGGCACAUGAGCAAUAAAGGGAUGGAGCACCUCUACAACAUGAAGUGCAAGAACGUGGUCCCUCUUUAUGAUUUAUUGCUGGAAAUGCUGGACGCUCACCGUCUGCAUGCUCCUGCAGCUAGGAACACACCCCACAAUGAAGAUGAGCUCCCAAACCAGCUGACCGUGGCAUCUGCUUCAAUGCAUUCCUUACCACCUUGCUAUGUGAACAAACAGGAAGAUGAACCUGAGCAGGAAGCAAUCUGAGUCCAGAUUACAAACAGCCUACAGGUUUCUGACCAUCCCAUCAGAAAACUUCAGGCUUAGAUGAACUGGUACCAUAUCUAAGCACUCCAAUACUCAACAAUCACCAGUGAUUCCCGAAACAUUGAUGGUCAUGAUCAUUAAUGGAAGAACAUUUAUAAUUUUGGACAUAAUAUAUGGGUUCAGAAACAGAAUAUCCUGUAUUUGUGUUAGCAAAACACAAGCAUGAGGAUUCCUGUACUCUGUUUGCUGGUAUCAUAUUGAGAAGUUGGGUGAUCUUUCAGUUUGAAAUCAAUUGGGCAGAAAUCCCAGCUGAGUUGAGUAGGUGAUGUUUACAUGUAAUGUUUAUUGGCCUUUUGGUGGAUACAAGAAGAGUACCCCACACAUAGAUACAAUAUACAAAAACAGUGAUGAUUAAGAACUAAGAUUCUAUUAGACUCCCAUUUUUAAUCAUGUUUUAAGAGAAAGGAGGGGGAGAAACAUGGAUUUAGGACUUCCCUGUUGAGAUUCAUUCCUUUCAGUAAUAUAUACAAUAAACAAAUAGAUUAAUUUAUCCUCUCUCUCAAACUCUUUAGACUGCUUCAGUUUACUUCAGCAAGAAAACCCCUUCAGUUAACUUAAGAUAACUGUGAGGUGUUAAACUGUUGUGGUAUCCCCAAGGGUAUGACCCAGCCCUACAGAGUUUACCCUAACAAAGGUAAGCAGGUGGACUGAAAAUUCGUAUUAGCCUUUUUUAACUGACAGAUAUAUUUAGAAUUCAAUGCAUGGGCCUGCUAAGUACACAAUCCAGGUCCAACUUAAAAGAUUUUUUUUCCCACAUCUGUCUGAGGGUGAAUCUCUGCACUGACAAUUACAGAUGCUAAUAACCCAUAGCCCAGUUGAAAUAUGAAAGUAUAUCAGUUAAUUGUGAAUCACCUAAGGACCUCUGGCUGGAAAUACAGUUGAUCAAUUGAACAUAUUAUAUGAUCUAGUUCACACCUUAAUGGAUAGGUCAUGUAUGAGCUGUGAAAACCCGACUGAUCAUUUGAAAAAUUAUGUAUGUGCUGCCAACUCCAGGAAUGGGAUGGUCUGCCCAUUCUGCUUGCUUGCUUUCCACUGGGGGUGACUUAGUGGGAAAGCAGCACCCUCACACAUUCACAUGGUAUCUGAAACUGACCUUUAGAAAAUCCCAGGUCUAUUCAGUGCAAUCAGUGCUCCGCAGGAGCAGGGAAAUAAUUCUGACUUUUGGGGAGCUAACUUGAACAAGGCCAUGGGUCUGCAUGUGAUCUCCCCAAUAUCUCCCAAAGCAACUGAACUUAAUGCUGGGUCACAGCUGAGAGCAUGAGGAAAGGACAAGUUGUUUUGCACUGCAGGUGAGAUCACACACUGCCAUUUGGGUCCUGCACAUCUUGACACCUUCUAAAGUGAGGGGCACACAUACAGGACAGGGCAGAUCAAAAUCUGCAGAUGAUCAGCAGCAACCACUUUUGGUAACAUACCACGUUCCCUUCCCAAAUACAUGCCCAAAUGUUGUGAAGAGUCUUAUUUCAUCUUGUUUUACAGUGUUCUCACCAACACUUCUAGUCUGAGGUUUGUUGCUGGUGGCCUUGCUUUUUAUUAGCACAGUAAAAUAUCUAUUUUCAAAACAUAAAAAGAAGAACAAAAAUCAAUGCUCCUGCUUUGACAUUUCCCCAAAACCACUGGGGGUAUGAAGUGCCUUGCCAAAAAUGUAUACAGUUGUAUGUUCAAUACUCACAUUGUAUAUAUAUUACAUUGUAUAUGUUACAUUGUAAUAUAUUGCACGAUAUAUUAACAACAAAAAGUGUCCUUGUAGGGCCAUAAUUAAAGGAAGCAAAUUUUAGUCAUUUAUACCCCAGUGCUUACUGCAAACCUAGACAUUUUUAACUGGGAGUUAGCCCCAUAGAAUGCAGUGGGACAUACUUCUGAAUAGACAAGCACAGGAUCAGGCUACAAUAACUAUAAUUUGGUGUUUCUAUUUUUGUAAGGGAAAACACUUUUGCUAUUUUUCUAAUCUACUGGUUCCUUGAAGGUAGAAAAGUUCCCUCGUAUUUGUUGCUUUGGUUGUUUGUUUCAUUCACUUCUGCUGGGUUGGAAAUUCCAUCUAAGAAAUUCAAAGCUUGGGAGGUUUCCCCUCCAUCAAAGUGAAUGGUGAACAUUUCAAGCACAGGAGCUCUAUGGGUACAUUGGUGGCCAGACGGGUAGACUUCUGAAUAGAUGUAGGCAGCCAUUACUCCUUUUCUGUCUACCCUCACACAAGGCAGAAGAUUAAAAUUAGUCUCGAUCUAUUUAAGUAAUAUACACGACAUCUAUUUUCCUAACCACCACAGAGAUAAUUACUUUGCCUUGAGAAAUAAACAGGCAAAAGAAAUGCAAGCAAGGAAGCUGGAGGUGGCAGGGGGUGGGGAUAGGCUCUUACCACGAGAAUGUGAGAUGUCUUUAGCUUUAAUGCCAGCACAACUGGGACAGGUCCAGCUUGGGAACUGAAAUUGCUUUCUGUCAAAAGUGUGAAACUUAAGAAAAAUAUCUAGUUGUCCUUAUUGUUAGUUUGCUGGAAGCAUUGUAUUAUCCUUAUUACUAUUGUUUUGGAAGCACCUUAAUGAAUGCAGUGUGUGUGUUUCUGUGCAUAUAAUACACACAUGCAAAGCUCACCUAUCAGACAACUGAAUGUAGCUGUUCUAUAUACCCAGUUGACAGGUUAAAUACAACAAAAUCAUGUUAAAAAAAAAAAAUUCAGCUAUCUUCUCUCAUAUGCAAUCAUGUGUGCCUAAGGCUUAGCGAUUGUUAAAAAUCAUUACUGCAUAUCUGAUUUUAUAUUCCUAAGAGACAAGACAGCCCUCACUUUGUCUAGGACUGAACACAAGAAAACUGUCCUUCAAUGAAGGAAGGACUUUCAUGGCAGCUAAUUCUGCUUUUUGGCCAAAUCCAAAGGACUUUGCCUCUAAUGGGUUCCUAAUAGUAUGCAAGGAUGGGUUUCUACCCCACCUCCCAAGUUAGAUUUUGAAACAGCAAACCAAACUGCCCUUAAAGUGUUGGAAAUGUCGCUAUUUACCAAAUCAUUAUAAUGCAACUAAUGAAUAUCUAAUGCUGAUUUAGAGGCUCACAGAAGAAAAGAGGGAGCUGUAAAUUUUUAUCUGAGCUUUUGUAAGGGCAAAUUUUCUGUGUGUGAAAUCCUGAUUUAAACUGAGUGCUGUUGUGGAUUCUCGCUCAGGCAGAUCUCCUGCCAACCAGCUCCAUCCUCUCCCGUCCUCCUCUUCUGGGGCUCUUGAAAUCUGCUGCAGGAUGUGCUUAGCUCCGCUGGUCAAGCUCCCAUUACUCGCAAUAUAUCUAUAAGCAGCUUGAACGCUCUGACUCCUGUGCGAAGAGACUAAGGAAGUAUACCUGCAUAAUGAUAAUGGUGUUACCUAUUAGAGCAGAAGAGGUGCCCUACAACCAUUCUGCUUUUCCAGCCACAUAUGAAUCUGGUUGCUGGGGAGUAUUGAGUAUUGAGAAUUCUUCGUAGGCAUCAGCAUUCUUCACCAUGAGGGAAUCUCAGAGAGGGGCAAAUGGAAGAACAACACAAAUUAACAGCUGCAAUCCCAUGGCAUAGUUAAGCACAAGAUUCUGCUCCUCUUGAAAGGGACUGAAAUCUCUUGAAAGCACCUGAGGCAAGAUUGGCCUAUGUUUUGUGCAAAGAAGAUGGUCCCUCCCACGAUUGUCCUGUUAAGCUCCAGCUAAGAAACAUUUCUCCUUUUUGUGAUGUGUUGAUGUUCAGGAGAAAGAUGGACACAGAUUAGGCUCAAAUGUAGCCCUAGAACAAAGGUACAAAUAUAGGGUUACCAGACAUCCGGCAAAGGGAGGACAUGUCCUCCUUUUUGCCUUCAUGUCCUCUGCUCAGCAGACAUUGCCUUAAAAUCAAAUAUUGUCUGGCUUUUUGAGUAUCUACAAGCUAUCUCUUCCUGAGCAGCUUUUCUCCUCAGAGCAAACCUUCCCUAAUCAGUGCUAACCACAAGUUAACAAGCUCUGCUCUGUGCCUUGAUUAGUGUCCUCCCACUGGCUUGUGCUGCUGCCUGAAAUUGACAAGAUCUUAAUCAGUUACAUGCCUCUAGCACAUUCCUGCCAUUGAAAAACCACUCUUUCUUAUGUUGGAAAAAGUAUUUUCAUAUACUGUACAUGUAGGCCUAAAUUAAAAAAAAAUUUUUUUUUUGCAGUUUUACCCUGUAAUUUUUGUCAUGGACUCCAAGAAAGUUAAAGGAAUUAGUGUGUCCCCCUUUCCCCCCCAUUUGUUCUCAUUCCCAAUUGUCUGUGUCCUCCUUUGCCUUUUCAGAUAUCUGGUAACCCUAUACAAAUGAAGCCCCCACCCCUGCUUCUCUGUGAAAAGUUUUACAAUCGUUGUGGAGGGUCAUUGUGAGGCUUGGUUUCUGAAAUCAUUCAUGCUGCCAUGAUCUCAGAAGAUGGGCACCACUGAAUUGCCAUAUCCUUCCUGUCCUGAAAAUCAGGACCAUUGAUUCAUCACCACUGAAAAUCAGCUAGGUCUUUAUUAUAUAUAUCACAGCCUUAUUCAUCUCCCUGGAUGGGAAUACACAUUCCUAUUUACAUCAAACAACGCAUCCACCUGGUUUAAGAGCACCCGGAUAAGCAUUGCAAUGUAUGUCUUCAUUUACACAGUGGUUCUGUGCACAACUCUGUCCUGCUGGAUAUUGGUGCUAGUGUUUGCCAUAUGUUUUGGUGUGAACCUGAGCCUUCAUUUUGUACACAUGUUCUUAAUGCUACUGCUUUUAACACCAAGCUAGAAGCCAACUGUUCAGCCAGUGGACUUCUGGAUAUAUGGAUGCUCAAGUAUUUACUGCAGAUUCACUCAAAUGAAUCAAUUGUUCUGCCUUGCAAGCUAGCUCUUCUGAAAGCUCUUCUCAAAUGCACCGUGGUCCUGUAAAGUGGUUCUUCAGUUCUGAAGUAAGCACUAAGUCAAGAUUUGAUCUUCAUGCAGUGCUUUUAAGCUAUUAGCCUAAAGUUGUUGAAGUGGCAUUUUUAUAUAAACCUUGGGAGUACCAAAAAUACUUUUGAUGUUCAAAACCCUUUUUCUUUCAUUGGUGCAUUCUCUCAUUUUAAUUCAACUCUGGAUGUAUUUCGGUCUUGAAUGUUGUUCUGUAAACAAUUGUUGCCUUUGGAGGGGCUUUACAACUUUGCACUGUCCUGGAAAGAUUUUUGUAAAGAAUCUAACCUUUUGUUUUGCGUUCAGAUGUGCCUGAAUUUAUAUGCUGCCAUGCUGCCAACCUGUCUUUAGUGGGAAUGUUAUCCUGCAAUGCACCUUUUAAAACAAAGCUGUGUGCUCCUCAGUCUUGAAGUGCCCAUCCGAGUAUGGUAAACAGUCAACAGUCGAAAGAUGCUAGUCAGAAAAUAAACUCAACAGGCUACUUUAUGCCACAUUAUUGUACAUUUUUUUUAAAUGAAGCUUUUGUGCACUACAUUACCCUUUAUUGUAAAGUUUUUCCUUUAUUAUGAGGCUUAUGUGCCAUAAUGUAUUUGUAGAAUUAUUCUGCUCUUUUGCUAAUGCACAUAAUAGCGUAAUUGGUGUGUCUGUUUUGUUAGGGUCGCUUUGUUAAAUGAAAAAAGGUUAAAUCCUUUUCUUCUUCUUCUUCUUUUUUGCACAUUUGAAAGAAUGUUACAAACAGCUUUUAAAAAAAUCAGCAGGAUAUCUGAUCUGUCAAGAUUUUCUCAGCUUUGAUGUCAAAAUAAAAAAGUGAAUUACAGCAUUGGGAUAUGUCAAUGCAUUUCUAAAGUUUAUCACCUUGGGUAAAAUCAUGAUUAAUUAACAGUUACAUUAAUCUCAUUUAGCUGUAGUGAAAUGAAUUUGUUUGUCUUUGAACCUAAGGUAAUGUUAUAGAAUGUUUAAUAAUGUGAAGGAAAAUACAUGAGUAAUUAAAACAGAGUUAAGAAAAAUUCCAAUGGUUUUAAGAUUUAGUUGAAGAGGUGCAAAACAACUUGACAGUCAUCCUCUUAAAGCAGAUUUAUUAUAUGUGCAACCUUGGCCUUUUCAUUCAAAAUGUCUAGUCACCCACUAGUUAUUGACAUCAAGCCCAUGUUCUUCAUCCUUCAUCUGGCCCUUACUCCAGCAAUUAGUUGCAAAAAAGAUUCUGUAAGAAAACAUGCAGCACUCCUAAACUUCAGAAACACAGUUCAAGAUUGGAGCUUUGUGUGGGUUCAGAUAUGAACCAAUGUCAAAAUGGGUUACCCCUUCUUACCCAGACGCUGAGAUCUAAUUGGGUUAACCAACUCCAUAUCAAAGUGAGGGAUAUCCUAAUUUUAA